CAAAUCAUUGAUCUUUGGAGACUUUGAUGAGAAAUGUUUGAGCUCAUAUUGAGAUCUCUGACUUCUGAUGCAGACUUUGGCAUCUUGAGCACAGUUUGAGAUUGUUUUUCUCAUCCGAGAAGCAGGAUUUUCUAUUUGCUACGCGUUUUAUCAUUUAAACUGCUAUUUAGGAGAAACCUCCGCGACAUUAAACAGAUCUAUCAAUCUGUGUCUCCUCACAAAAACACCUGACUCGGAGCAUGCUGGUCCAAUCACAGAGAGGCUGUGGGCAGCUGUCUGCUCCAUCUGUCUGCUGUCGGUUCGAGUGCUGAGCGCCGGUGCUCUUUAACUCUGUGAGUCUGGCUGUGUGUUCACUGUCUGUCUCUCUCUCCCUCCGUCUGUCUCUCUCAUGGCCUCCGAGCGCUCGUCCGCUGAGAGUCGCUCCUCGCACCUGAGCUCUGACCCGACCAUCGGCACCGACGCUUCGGCCAACAGCAUGUGGGAGGAGAGCUUCGACACAGAGAAUCAUGGUGUGAGCACUAAGAGAGAUUACUCUCCCGUGUCCUGGAGCGAAUACUUUGAAAUGAUGGACGACGUGGUCAUCGGGUCAGGAGAGACUAAGGAUGUGUUCCGUGUGUAUAAAAGCGGUCAGGACGGACCACUGCUGGUUCUGCUUCACGGAGGAGGGCAUUCGGCUCUGUCCUGGGCCGUUUUUACGGCAGCGAUGGCCAGUCGGGUCACUUGUCGGGUGUUGGCCAUGGAUCUCAGGGGUCACGGUGCUACGCAGGUCCGGCACGCCGAUGACCUCUCCACACAAACCAUGUCCAGAGACGUAGCCAAUGUGGUGCGAGCGACGUACGGCGAGACCCCGCCCCCCAUCAUCCUGGUGGGUCACAAUGUGGGCGGAGCCAUCGCGGUGCAUGCGUCCAGUGGACUGCUGCCCUCUGUGGUGGGGCUGGUGGCCAUCGACGUGGUGGAGGGUGAGAAACACUGCGUCAUCUGUCAAUAUGAACCAGCAUCAUCGUCAAAAUGGAUGCACUGAUAUCACAAAAAAAAGAAAACUACUACUAC